AUGGGUCCUGUCGGGCCCAGCAAAAGUCUACGUUCAAGAACAAUCCGUGAUUCAUCACCAAUUAUAUGCGAAGACGAAGAUAAAACGAUAUCUUUGGACAGGAAACUGAACUUCGCAUCAUUCGUCUCAAUAAGACCAGUUGGGAAGAAGGCGAUCCCUUGGGUCAGGCAACAGCAACAGAAAAUAGCUGAAGAGCGCCGCUUAACCGAACUCGACUGGCAAUUCGACAAUAUAAAAACUAUUUUGAGAUGUUCCAACGCAACUCCUGUUCGCUGUCGUGUCGGCACCCGAUUCGCUUGCAGUUACUGCCUUGACCAGUUCCAAAACCCAACGGAAUUGAGAAACCAUUCAACGCAGGAUCACAUCAACGAUAAACCAGAGUUCUUCAACGCUAGAUCUCUCUCUAGACACAUUGUGUACCUAGAUAUAACCGGUUUGCAGUGCAAAAUUUGUGACCAAUCCAUUGAAAGUUUGGAGCAACUCAUGGAUCAUUUGAAAGCAGUACAUGAUGAAUUGGUUUACAAACAGAUUAAGAAUCAAAUUGUUCCGUUUAAGUAUGAUGGGAGGAAGGUCCUGUGUGGUGUCUGUGGGAUUGAUAUUGGGGAGUACAAUGACUUUCAGGAUCACAUGUCGGACCAUUAUAGGAACUAUGUUUGUGGAUUCUGUGAUUCCGGGUUCGUUAUUCGCAGUAAAAUGCUGGAACAUAAGAAAACUGUGCAUUUAGUUUAG